AUGAAGUCUACCAUUUUCAACAACAACAAAUCGAACAAAAAGCAAACAAUGUUCGCAAACAUCGCGGCACUCUCCAUUAUUAUUUUACAAUUGCUUGGACAGUUAAACAUCACUGGAGCGAAAAGCGUCGGUCAUUGGAAUCACAGCCUUCAGGAAGGAAAGGUGACGCUUGCCAAAGGCUCGAGGGUUGCUGUCAACAGAGAAGAUUUUGGACAGUAUAUGUGGAGUUCUGAAGCUUGUGCUAUUGACACUGUGAACAUGGAGAAGAGUAAUUAUAUAUUGCCUUUUGCCUACAGUCUGACAAAUGAAGAGGUCAAGAAAUUCCACGAUGGACCGCUUUUCGCUAAUGGUGCGUGUUCUGGUUGUGAAGAAGGGUGUGUCAAAAAAACGGGUCUAGAACUCAGAUGGACAUAUAUUAAAUUCCCUAGUGGUACGGAACAUCAUUUGCUUCUUACAAAUCCAAGUAAAUAUCUGCGUCCAAAUUAUACAUUAACUUUAUUUAUUUUAGUUGCCACAAAAUUUGUUCAUCUUGCUGGCGUAGAAAAGUACACGAAUGAGUAUGGAAUUAAAAUUGUAUCAAAUCUCAGAAUCAACCAAACGGAUCCAAAAUUUCACUUCCGUAUGCCAAUAGACACUCCAAAGUUUAAUGAUCAAAAAUCUAUCUGCUUGAAUAACCUUACAGAAAACAUUCUCUCGCCUUCAACAUGGGAAAUUGUCGGUACAAGGCCAGAUCCUGAAAUGUCUCGUUUGUUGGUUUUUCAUCUUCUUCCACAAACAGCAUCGCGAAGGAUGACAAUGAAGGUAGAAGAUCUUGUCACAGGAAAGAAAUAUGUUGUAAAAAACGAGCACCCAGAAGGGCCAGAAUGCGAUUUUAUGGAGAUCUCCUUCGAUAAGAGUAGCUACAAAUUGCUGACUGUCUCUCCUAUUACUUCAACACCAAAAAAACCAACACUGCCAACUCACGGCUUACCGAUUAUGCAACAGAAAACUGCACCCUCUUCCAAAGGAGCAACUAAAUCCCCCUCCAAAACUACAGUCACAAAAGCUAAAACAAAGAGGACUUCUACCACCAAAGAUUCUUCAGGGUCUCUGUUUCUUGUUGUGAUGAUCGUUGUUGUCGUUAUUAUUCUGGUUGCUAUUGGUAUUGGGAUUGCUGUCUACUUUGUCUCUAGGAAGGACUCAGGCAAGAAAGAGAAAGGUGUUGUUAGACCAAACAAAUAA